AUGACGAUUGUUGGCCGUGAGCAUUUGAUAACCUGGACGCGGUUUUACCUACCGCGGGAGCAGGAGUGGCCGACGUGGGUUGUGCACCACGAGGAUGUUCAUGCCGGGCCCCUUGCCGACGUGAAAGGUCUCCUGACAAUAUCAUUGGGAAGAAUGGUCGACAACCCCGAGCAGGCCGCCUAUAUCCUUAACUGGAGUACGUUGGAGGACUUGGUCAACUUUCAGUCCUCUCCCGCCUGCGCUCGGUUUUUGCGGAACCUUCCCGAAUACCCGGGCGACAACCCAGGAGCUUGUAUUGAGUCCGGCUCGGCACUGCAGCAGCUAACCUUGGACGAUACCCCCUCUUCGCCACUGCCGGCGACGUCACGCUUCCUCGUUUUGAAACGCCUCGCCGCUGUGACACCCGAGCCAGACGGUCUCGUGACCGUAACAACCUUUUUAGUACCGCACCAAGUCGACGACAAGUACCGGAUGUGGCGUGACAAUUUCAGGUACGCGUUUGCGGCCUUCAUGCCUCGCGGCGCUAGGUUAUGGCAUCACAAUUUCUGGUACAAAUCCACAUACGCGUGGUUCUGGUUACUUGCCGAAGACCACUGGGUGUGGGAGAAGUUUGGGAAGCCGGAGCAGCAGGCACAGGAAGGGAGCCCGGGUCGGACCAUUUUCUGCCACUUCUUCCUCUGGUCGCCUAAGUUUGGUGCUACUCCGGAGCACGAAGCGGAAGUGGCGGCAGACCCCCAGGCGAGGGAGUCGUGGAAUCAGGCUAUAGCGAAGGUGAUGCCCCCGGCCACCGCCUGGGCGCAGGAGCGCUGGGACAUGCGGGGAGUGCCGCGCGUUUACCCCCCCGAGCCCGACAUCAAUCUGGAGGACCCUGAGUACAAAAUAGAGCUGCGUAAAAUGCGGGAUGGAUUUUUCCGGGAUUCCAGGGUUGGUGAAAAGUCGCAGUGA